AUGGAUCAUUCUAUAAUAGAUGAUAGGGUUUUUGAACUUAAAAAUCAUCCAACAGCACAGGAUAUUGAAUCGAUUCUAAUAUCAAUUCUCAAUAAACCAUCAGAUCUGAAUACUAACUUCAGUUUAGUUACUACGUUGUUGAAUUUUACCAUCCCUGAAACCUACAAUUUACUUCCAGAUACAACAAAAGAAUUAAUUAUAUGUGUAUUCAAAUCCGUAACUGGUUUAGGGAACUUAAUCAGUAAAAUUUCUUUGCUUAAAGAUAAUUCAAAAGGUCAUGAUUCUUUUACUUUGUUGGAAACAUUGAUUCUGAUUCUUACAAGAUGCUUUGACACAGGUCUAGUAUCAAACAUGGCACAGUCAACAAAAAGUCCUUCAGAAAUUAAAGAAAUAGAUAAACUAUUAUUCAAAGGCAAAUGUUUUGCAAUAGUGAAUGAAGUUGUUUCAAAUUAUGAUAUUCAUUCUCGUAAUCAAAUUUUUACAUGUUCUGAUAACUAUGUGGGAUUCUUGAAUAUUGAAGUAUUGGCUUUGUUUAAAGAUAAUAUAGACAUAAAAACAAUCAAUGUAUUUAUUGCCUCAUUGGGUUCAUUUAAUUCAAGUAGCUCGGCACAGUAUCUUGAUUUAAUGUUUAAUGAAGGUAAUUGGCCUUAUGCAUUAAAGGCUUUCAAGUAUAUGAAGAGAUUUGAGAAGAAAACUUUUUUGUUACGAUUGAUACGAAAUUUCUUGACAAAAAAGUAUCUUACAACGAAUAUUUCAAUUGAAAAGUUAUUAUCGUUAGCUUUCGUAUUACACCCAAUGAUUGAAAAUGACUUAGUAGAUGAAAACUUCUUAAAUAAGAUUAUUGCUAUAGGUAAUUAUGAAGCUAAUUUGUUAGUGUCUAUUUUGCUUUCAAAUUCACCAGAUGAUAAUUUCUACCAAUUGAUUUUAACUCUACUCAAAACAUGGGCAGAUGAAGAUCUAAUGAAAAGUGAAGCUAUUUCUUUGCAGGAAUAUAGAACACAUUUGAUUAUUCUGCUAAUUUCACGCGUGAAGAAAGUUAGCUUUACCCAAGAUGUGCUCAAAAAUCCUAUUUUUUUAAGGGCCAUUUCGAACAGACUAAGUUCGUUUUCAAACAAUGUAAAAUCUUUAGGUGUAAUUUUAGCCGAUAAGGUUUGUGAAUUUGGAGGACAUGAAAAGAUAUUUCAAUUAGAUAAUAUUGAAGGUUAUGAUUUUUUAAUCAGUAAUGAAGCCUAUAGGUAUAAAACUAGCGUUGAGAAUAUGACAAUUGAAGAAGCGUGGAAUUAUUUGAAUGAGCCAGAAGUCAUUGAAAACUCCACAGAUUUAAAUAGCGAUAAAUCUGAUCUAGUUAAAAAGGUGCAAACAAUAUCGAUAUCUAAAUUGGAUUCGGAUGAUGAAUCUGACUUCGAAAGUGAUGAAGAAGACGACCCAACUAUUUCUAGAAAACCUUAUAUCGCUAAGCCAUUAUAUAUAAAAGAUAUUCUUGAAUAUCUUACAGUCGACAGUAACCUGCCUCAAGCUUAUGAAAAAAGACGUUCAGCAUUAAUUAAUGGACCAACAUUACUAAGACAAAAAUCAAGCUUUGGUAAUGAAGUAUCAUUCUAUGCAGAAGAUUUGGUCACACAACUUGUUGGACUAUCAAAUAACUAUGAAGAUAAUGAUUUUGAGGAUCUUAGGCUAAAUUGUUUAAUAGCUAUUAUUGCGGCUAAUCCAUCUUGUACUUUACAUUUGUAUCGACUACUUUUGACUGGUGAUUAUUCUUUAAAGCAACGUAUGUGUAUAUUAUCUGCAACUUCUCUCGCAGUUAGAGAACUCAGAGGGUUUAAAGAUGAAGUUGUGACACGGUCUUAUAAUGAAAAGCAAUUUCCUUCAAAGAUAUUACCUGGUUCUCUCCACAGUAAGUUCUUAUCUUUGGGGCUGGAAGACGACAAAUAUAUAGGUGAGAAAAGAAUUAACCCAGCAUAUGAAUCGCUACAAGGUGAGAUAAUGUACGAUGCGUCAGAAGAAGCUCAAAAUAAACUCAGCGGUGGAAAAAUAUUACGUUUGUCAAGCAAUUUAAAGAAAAAACCAAAACAAGAAGUUAUGUCCCCUAUAGUUAAGAACUUUUCCAAAAUAAUUGGAUCUCAAUUUUAUUUGCCUCUAGUUAGUAUUUGGUAUGAAGUUGGUGGGCAAAUUGACAUUGGGCACUAUUCACCCAUUCUCACAGCACAUUAUAUAAAAACAUUGGCCCUCUUAUUGCAUGCAGCAUAUCCAACUGCUAUUAAUCUAAAUGAUAUGAUAAAAGAAUUUUUUCUGAUAGUUACACCCCUUAUCCAGAAAAUCAGUUUGGAUGAAUUGCAAAUAAUUGAAAGCAUUGUUACUGGUAUUUUAUUAAUUUGCGAUAUUCUGGACGAUCAAUACUUGAUGCUGUACUAUCAUAAUGAAAUAGACAUUUUUCAUAGGUGGUUGUCAUUAAUAUGGGAAGAUCUUAUCGAUGAUAGAAUCAAGAGCUUGUGCGCUGGUUUACUACUUAGAGUAAAUGAAUUAAACGAAAAAUUCGAGAGAAUCUUGUUAGAUCAAAUGAAUAGCAUUUAUUAA